AAAUAUCAUACCACUUUGUGAUUCGAACUAAAUCAGCUACAUCGGAGCAAAUUAAACGAUUAAUUGAAAGAAAAAAAAAAACAUUAAUUUUUCUCUUUUUCAAGCAAAAUGAAUGUCGUGCCGAGCGGUAAGUGUAUCAUUUUGGUUUUGAUACUUGAAAUUCUGAGCGUACAUGGACUACCGCCGAAGUUUUUGAAUAUUGCCGUUAUCGGAGCUGGACCAUCAGGGUUGGCUAGUGCGAAAAAUUCUCUCGAACAAGGACAUAAUGUGGUGGUUUACGAAAAAGGUGAGGCGCUUGGCGGAACAUGGUGGUACACAGAUAAAACCGGAAAAGAUGAGUAUGGUGUUGAUAUUCACAGUGCCAUGUACCAAGGGCUAAGAAUAGAUAUACCUCACCAAAAUAUGCAACUUUCAGUAGACCAUAAAUUUCCAAAUAAUACUCGAUCAUAUCCAUCAUAUGAGGAUGUAUGGAAGUACUUGAACUCUUACGCUGAUCGCUUCGAUGUGAAGAGACAUAUUAAAUUCCAUCAUUUGGUUGACAAAGUUCGUUUGAUUGAAAACAACAAAUGGAAUAUAACCGUCAAAAAUUUACCCAAAAACAAAACUGAGUCUUUGACUUUUGAUGUUGUUUUUAUUUGCAUCAAUCAAUAUUCUUCUCCAAAUUAUCCAGAAUUUGAAGGCGCUAACGAAUUUAAGGGCAAAAUCAUACAUAGCCAUGAUUAUCGUAGAGCUGAAGACUUUCGCGGAGCUGAUGUUCUGGUUGUAGGCGGUGGACCGAGUGGAAGAGAUCUUAUACUUCAACUUUCGAAGGUUGCCAAUCGAAUAACGUGGAGUAGACGAACAUACAGCGAAACGGGAGAAAUGCGAAAAAAAUAUGGGGACAAUGUUACAUUUAAAAAAAAUUUGAAGCGUUUUACAUCAAACGGAGCUGACUUUAUGGAUGACACGCAUCAAAAUUUCACAGCAGUUAUAUAUGGGACAGGUUAUAAAUAUCGGUAUCCAUUCUUGGAUGAUGACUCUGGUAUUCAUGUUGAUAAUAAUAAGAAAUACGUGCAACCAUUGUAUAAACAAAUCAUAAAUAUAGAACACCCCUCUAUGGCGUUUAUUGGAAUACCUUAUAAUCCGCUGCUUUUAGCGCUGGAUUUACAGGCACGUUUUGCCCUUAAAUUCUUUUCUGGUGCCAAGGAACUACCAUCUAAGUCAGAAAUGCUGAAAGAUAUGCAAGACUAUGCGAACAGUCAACAGAAGAAGGGAGCUCAGCUUAAUUUUAUAUUAUUCAAUGAUUACAAGGAGUAUUUUGAGAGCGUGGCUAGAGCUGCAGAUGUUGAAAAAAUAUUGGAUGUAUACAUAAGCAUGGUAAUGGAUGCAGCCAAGGCAAUUCACGCUGAUCCUUUAGGAUUUCGUGAAUAUAAAUAUACUAUAAUUGACGAUGAAACAUUUAUAAAGGAAAGAGAAGUCUAAUACGAUUCCAUAAAAAAAGGAUAAAAAGGGUUUUUAUAGAAAUUUUGCCCGCCAAAUUGUCCUCUGUUAAAAAAUAAGCAAUGAAAGUAAAUAAAUAAAUUAUAAUAAAAAUGG